AGGAGAAUGCUGGGGCGGGGGGAGAGUGGAGGGUAAUGGCGGUCCUCAGGGAAGGCCACACUCCUCUAGUCUCUCAUUUUUGCCAUCCUUCCCCUCGUUCUUUCAGGAAAGUGUCACCUCCCCUUUCUCAGAAUGGGUUGAUGCUAAGACCACAUGGCAAGGGGUUUAUGGCCACAUGAGCUGUGGGAAGCUCAUAGGGCAAGAGUGAGAAGUGAGAGUGCACAGUGAACACAUGAAGACAUGUAUGUGCGGAUCUGGGAGAAGAUGUGUAAGAACAAGAAUGUGUGGUUGUACAUGAGCAGCUUACAUCCAGAAAGCGUAAUGGUUGCUCACAGCAGGCCUUGGCGGUGUGUUAAAUGCUUAGUUGACUUAUCUCACUGCGUUCAUGGAACCUUAGGAAGAGGUAGCCAUUGUCAUCCUCAUGAAGUAAUUCUCCCAGAACUGAAUUCUGACUCUGGCGUCUGUUCUCUCACGGAUAGUACUAUUCUGUGUUAUACACGUGGGGACCAAAGGAAUGAGGUCCCUAAUUAGAAAGUAGCUUGAGAGGAAAAGUAGAUGGAAUGUCAAGAAUUUUCCAGGAGGAACUGGGGACCACAAGGGCGGAGUCUUAUAGCAGGGCAGUCCGUCCCACUCCCUGGCCCCACCUACUCAGGCCCCACAUAGUAUAGGAACUCCUGCCCUGGUUCUUCAGCACAGAGACCCUCUCAUGCCCACCUAAUGGGGCUGCUCUUUUGAGUUCUCUACUUGAAAGACAGGGACUUCUCUACUCCAAAGCCAUCGACCCUAGUGCCAGCAACAGCUUGUGAGAAAGAGAAUAUAUUUACCUGGUGACCUUGAAAUCUCAAGGGGGGUUGCCUUGGAGAGCAGCAUUCUGCCUUUUCCUGCAUCUGGGAUCCAAGAUUAUCCCGGGAUGUGAGUAGCAGAGGUAUGAAGCACAAAGGAAUGUUCUAGCAGUUGGGAGGGCUAAGAACUGUUCUAAAAUCCUGUCUACACUAUACCAGAGCCUCUACAGGGAAAACUCUGGGAAGAACUGCCUGGAGCAGCAUAACUGCAACGCGCGGAAAGCCUCCAAGAGAAGAGUGUGAAGGAGGCCAAGACCAAAUGCCGGACCAUUGCAUCCCUACUGACGGCAGCCCCCAACCCUCACUCCAAGGGGGUGCUUAUGUUUAAGAAGCGGCGGCAGAGAGCCAAGAAGUACACCCUAGUGAGUUUCGGGGCUGCAGCUGGGACAGGAACAGAGGAGGAGGAGGACGGCAUCCCCCCAACGAGUGAGUCGGAGCUGGACGAGGAGGCCUUCUCAGAUGCCCGCAGCCUUACUAAUCAAUCCGACUGGGACAGCCCUUAUCUAGACAUGGAGCUGGCUAGGGCUGGCUCAGGCAUAGCAGAGAGUCAGAGCUCUGGACUGGGAGGACAGCUAAGUGAGGUCUCUGGCCGAGGGGUACAGCUCUUUGAACAGCAGCGCCAAAGGGUAGCCUCCAGCUCCCAGGAGCUGGCUCAGGUGGGCCCAGCAGCCAUGCUUAAUGGGCAGAGUCUGCAGUCCCCACCUCGAGCUCAGAGUGCUCCCCCAGAGGCAGCGGUGCUUCCACUCAGCCCUUUGUCAGCCCCUGCAGCCAGCCCUAGCCCCUUUCAGGAUGGUGGAGCCCCCAGCCCUGCGCCAAGUAUCUUUAACAGGUCAGCGAGACCUUUUACCCCAGGUUUACCAGGGCAACGGUCAGGCACCACCUCAGUGAUUUUCCGACCCGUAGCCCCUAAGAAGGUUAAUGAGGCCUUGGGGGGCACUAGCCCCGCCCCGUCCCCCUUCGCAGCUUCUCUACAGGGGCCCACCCCUCUGCCCAGCUUCACCACUGUGGUGCCCAACCGCACGCCGGUCUCUGGAACCUCCAGCAGCACCCAACGCUCCUCCGGUCCUGUGACCGCUACCAGCUCCUUGUACAUCCCAGCCCCGAGCCGGCCCGUUACACCAGGAGGUGCCCCAGAGCCUCCCACUCCUCCUAGCGCUGCUGCCAUGACCUCCACUGCUUCCAUAUUCUUGUCCACUCCUCUGAGAAACUCUGCGCGCCCGGAGGCACCCGGCACGGCGGCCCCCGAGCCUGCCAGCGCUCGGGAGCAGCGCAUCUCUGUGCCGGCUGCCCGCACCGGCAUCCUGCAGGAGGCUCGGCGCCGGGGAACCCGCAAACAGAUGUUCCGGCCUGGAAAGGAAGAGACGAAGAACUCGCCCAACCCCGAGCUGCUAUCGCUGGUACAGAACCUGGAUGAAAAACCUCGGGCGGGCGGUGCGGAAUCUGGUCCGGAGGAGGACGCUUUAAGCCUCGGAGCAGAAGCCUGUAACUUCAUGCAGCCACUAGGGGGCAGGAGUUACAAGACCCUGUCUCAAGUGUCACCGAAAACCCCACCUCCAAUGGCUCCCAAAACCCCACCCCCUAUGACGCCUAAGACUCCACCCCCUGUGGCUCCUAAACCCGGGUCUCGAGGGCUCCCUGACGGGCUAGUGAAUGGAUCGACCUCUAUGGUUGGGAUUCCUGAGCUCCCAAGGCUGCAGGGGAGGGGUGGGGAGCUAUUUGCCAAACGGCAGAGCCGUGCCGACCGGUACGUGGUGGAAGCUACACCUGGCUCUAGCCUUAAUCCAGGCCUUCGCCCUAGAAGUCCUUCUCCCACACCCUCACUGCCCCCAUCCUGGAAAUACUCACCCAACAUCCGUGCCCCACCUCCUAUUGCUUACAACCCACUUCUCUCACCCUUUUUCCCUCAGGCUGCCCGAACUCUCCCCAAUAAGGCUCAAUCCCAGGGACCUCGGGCGACCCCUAAGCAGGGUAUCAAGGCCCUGGAUUUCAUGCGGCAUCAGCCAUACCAACUUAAAACUGCCAUGUUUUGUUUUGACGAGGGUCCUUCAACUCCUGCCUCCACUUCAGGGCCUCCCAAAACUGCCCGAGUCCAGGAGAUCCGCAGAUUUUCCACUCCGGCGCCCCAACCCACUGCAGAACCCUUGGCUCCCACUGUGCUUGCCCCCAGAGCGGCUACCACCUUGGACGAGCCCAUUUGGAGGGCAGAGUUGGCCUCAUCCCCUGUCCCUAACCCGGACCAUCUAGAGUCUCUCAGGAGCUUUGCGGCCACUCCCACUUCCUGCGGCUUCCAAGUAGCCAGGCCGCGGUUCUCAGCCACCAGAACAGGGUUGCAGGCUCAUGUCUGGAGACCUGGGGCAGGGCACCACUGAGCAGGGAAUAGGUCCCAGGACCAAGUAAUGGAACUUAGAGUCCCCAAAGUCUCUCUCUUCUGCUUUGUCCUACCGGCCUCCCGUCCCCCGUCCCCCCCCCUCCCCCCCGCAUCUGAGUCUGACUGCCCCUAGCCAGAGUGCGUUCCCCUCAGCUUCCUCCCUGCUGGUGCUUUUAAGCCCCUCAUCUCUGCUUUGGAAUCUUCUCUAGAUGUCCUUGCCUGUCAGGCUUCUCUACCCAGAAGCCUCAGCAGAUUUCUGCUUUUGUUUUGCAUUUGUGUUUCUCUCUGUGGGCAGCACUUUAGUGUUAGGUAAAAAGCACACUGUAAAGUGACCACUGAGAGCUCAGGCAAAAUGCUCACUCGCUCUCAGGCAAGCAACUAAGGGUCUGCACUGUGGCUUGAUCCCCUCUACCCUCCAUACUCCUCACUCCGCUUUCCCUAGGUUAGUUGCCAUACGCCUAAGGGUGCGUGCGUGCGUGCGUGCGUGCGUGUGUGUGUGUGUGUGUGUGUGUGUGUAUGUGUGUGUGUGUGUGUGUGUGUAUGCGCGCGUGCUUUCACAAAUGUGUGUGAUUAGGCUCUGCUCUAGAAAGGCAUCAAAUACAUAUACAUGUGUGCUUCUCUUGAGGCAAAGGACAAGACAAGAGGAGUGUUUUCACCUACUGGAAGGGUCAGAUGGCUUCAUAAAGAAUCCUGUGGGGAACAAGAGCUACUGCAGAAAAGCUCCUGAGAGAGGAGUAUCUGUAGCAUGGAGAGAGAGAGAGAGAGAGAGAGAGAGAGAGAGAGAGAGAGAGAGAGAGAGAGAGAGAGAGAGAGAGAGAGAGAGGUGCACAGCAUCUUGUGAAAUUAACAAGUCUGACAAGACUGGGAGGCAAGGACACUUUUCAUGGGUUUGAGUUAUACAAGGUAGACCCAGAAUAAGACUAAGAAUUCUAUUUCCUUGGAUUAAAGGAAGUUAGCAACCAGGGCCCUGUGCUGGGCACAUCAGAAUCCAGAAAGUAAAAAAGAACAUUUCUUCUGAACUGCUUAAUGAGUGUAAGAUAGAAAGGAUGGUGAAUAGAGCCAGAGUGGAUGGGGAGAACGAGGCAAAAGCCAGGAACGAGGCUGGAAUGAGUGAAAGUGAACAAGGGGGAGAGUAAAGUUGGCCAACAUGUGUGAGGGGGUCUGGGAACUUCUGAGCUGGGGAGAACACAUUUGUUAGAGCAAAGGCGUGAGCACAUGCAGUGGCUGUGUUACCUCCUGUGAAUCUGACCUUCCUUCCACCCUUCUGGAGCUUAUCCCGAUGACCUGGGAAACCAGGGAGACACUGAGCCCAAACCUCUUGUUGUCCCACCCUACCUGUAGAAGCCCAGCUCUUUGCAGCUUCAGGCCCUGUGUCUGAUCCCAGAAGGAUAAGGACUAUCCUCCCAUGAAGACCACCAUCAGUUAUGGUUGUUGUUUGGCCUGGAAACCAAUCUUUUCCUUUGCAAUAUUGGGUGUCACAAUUCUUUGGUUUGUGCACAAGAAUAAACGUAUGCUCACAA